AUGCCGCGGCCGAAGGUUGACGAGAGGACUCGCAAACGCAUCAACAAGGCCUGUCUCUAUUGCCAAAAGACGAAACAAAAAUGCGACGGGUUGACGCCCUGUGGAAAGUGUGCGCGGCGUAACGAAUCCCGCAGCUGUGCAUAUUCUCCGCAUGAGCGAUCUUACGGGCAUCGCCGGCGUCGCCAGAAGCCGACAGCCCAUUGUCAGACUGACAUCCGGCAUACGGAAACCGUCGAGGCGAACGCACCCGCUGCAACAGCCCGUCCCGCGGGGUCCAACCAGCUCUCUGGAACGAGGCCGUCUGUGAAGGAGUCCGAAGUCACGGUGCCUGGGUUGUCCCAAGUGCUCUAUGAUAACAAGGGUCAAAUCGGCCAAACGGCCGAUGUCUCGGACCUCUCUGUGGUCGAAGAACUGCCGCCCGUCCAAGACGGUGGGUUGGACCUGUAUAUCACCCGGAACAAGGGAGAGUUGAAGCGUUUAGUGGACGUCUUCUUUAUAUCGUCUUUCUACCAGCAAGGCCGACGGUUGGCGUUGCUUGAACUUACCAACAAUCCUACCACUGAGACAAUUCAAGCUUUUACUUUGAUAAGUAUCUACAUGCUUGGUUGCUCGUGGCGAAAUGGUGCCUCCCUGAAUCUGGGAAUUGCUAUCAGCGCAGCCAAAUCUCUCGGUUACCAUCAGGAUACUACAAACUCGGCUUAUGAUAUGAAGGAGCGCCAUAGAAGGGCCCAAGUCUGGAAAACCUUGCAUUACCACGACCUAUUCUUCUCCGCCAUGAUGGGACGAAGCUCUUCAACAUCCAACACAGACUCUACUGCAGUUGACGAUGGCGAUCCCAAUCGAGAAAUUCUCGACGACGAGUUUAAUCAAAGCCUAUCCAUGACUGAGUCUUUGCGGGCUUUUUUGAUCAUAGAACGUGCCGUCAAUAAGGUCUAUACGAAGGAAACAGUAUCCCUUGGUAUCCUGCAAUCCCUUACUCGCGAGCUACAGGAAAAAAGUAUCAAUCUAGCAAAGGCCUUCUAUACACCAGCCGAUGACACCCGAUAUAAUCCGGAACACGUUCAGCAACUGAACCUUCGGAAUGCGCAUGUUUCUUGUUCGUACUAUUUUGCAAUGAUGCUUCUGACCAGACCAUUCCUGAUCACGUCUCUGAGGGCAAAAUCCUCCAUGGAGCAUGUGGGAUCUGGACAGUCACACGGGCUCAAUAACAACGGAGUCGGAGGUAGCAUCUCAUCUGAAAUCUUUUCUGGUGCCAUGACAUGCAUUGAUUCGGCAACGUAUACGGUGCAGUUGCUGCAUGAGUUGCUGACGGCGAAUAUGUUGUUCAACAACAUGCCGUUUAUCGUGUGA